AUCUGUUAACAAGACUGAAGUAGCAGCACUCUAAUCUCUUCCAUGGCGAAGAAUUACGUAAGAGAAAACGUCCCUCUUUCAAGAUUUGGAGUUUUAGUGGCACAAUUGGAAUCUAUAGUCGCUUCCGCAUCUCACAAGCUUCCUGACCCUCUCCUCUGCUUCGAUCUUCUUUCCGAUCUCAUUUCAUCCAUUCAUGACGAGCCCAAGGAGUCUGUACUUCUGUGGCAAAGGAAAUGUGAGGAUGCACUCUUCUCUCUGCUGGUUCUUGGUGCAAGGCGCCCUGUGCGUCAUCUGGCAUCUGCUGCAAUGGGUAAAAUCAUAUAUAAGGGAGAUAGUAUCUCAAUAUACUCAAGAGUCAGCAGUCUACAGGGGUUUCUCUCCGAGGGAAAGAAGAAUGCGCCUUUGCGAAUAGCUGGUGCUGCACAGUGCUUGGGGGAGCUAUAUAGGCUAUUUGGGAGGAAAAUCACAUCUGGUUUGCUUGAAACUACUAGUAUUGUAACAAAAUUGAUGAAGUUUUCCGAGGAUUUUGUAAGACAAGAGGCUUUGCAGAUGCUUAGAAAUGCUCUAGAGGGUUCUGGUGGCAACGGUUCUUCUCCUGCAUAUGCAGAAGCAUUUCGUAUAAUAAUGCGGUUGGGUGUCGGAGAUAAAUCAUUUAUUGUCAGGAAAGCUGCUGCAAGAUGUUUGAAAGCUUUUGCUAACAUUGGAGGCCCCGGUCUAGGAGUUGGAGAGCUUGACAAUUCCUCCUCUCACUGUGUCAAGGCUCUUGAAGAUCCUGUAUCGUUGGUUCGGGAUGCCUUUGCAGAAGCUUUGGGAGCCUUGCUUGCUCUUGGAAUGAACCCUCAAGCGCAGGUGCAACCAAAGGGGAAAGGCCAGUUUAAUGCAAAAAAACUCGAGGGGGGUUUGCAAAAGCAUCUUAUAUUGCCCUUCACUAAAGCAAGUGGACCCCGUUCGAAGGAUUUGCGAAUUGGUCUAACCUUAUCAUGGGUGUUCUUCUUACAGGCCUUAAGGCUUAGGUAUAUGCAGCCAGACACCGAGCUCCAAAAUUUUCUUGUGCAGAUUAUGGAUAUGCUUCGUGCAGAUUCUUCUGUAGAUGCACAGUCAUUGGCAUGUGUUUUCUAUAUCCUACGGGUUGGUGUGAUCGAUCAAAUGACUGAACCUACACAAAGGGUCUUUCUAGUUAAUCUAGGGAAGCAGAUUCAGUCUCCUGAUGCAAGUCCGUCAAUGCAAAUUGCUGCUUUACGCACUCUGUCAUAUGCUCUAAAAACAUUAGGCGAGGUUCCGGUUGAAUUCAAGGAGGUUCUUGAUGACACAGCUGUAGCAGCAUUGUCUAAUUCGUCACCACUUGUACGUGCCGAGUCUGCCUUGACGUUGCGUGCACUGGCAGAGAUCGAUCCGACCUGUGUUGGUGGUUUGGUUAAUUAUGGGAUCACGACACUGAAGGCACUAAGAGAAAAUGUGUCAUUUGAGAAGGGAGACAAUUUGAAGAUUGAGCUCGAUUCCUUAAGUGGACAAGCUACAGUUUUGGCUGCACUUGCAUCUGUUUCCCCAAAGCUACCUCUUGGCUAUCCAGCCAGAUUGCCCAGAACAAUGCUUGAUGUUGCUAGGAAAAUGCUUACAGAAGCUAGUCGGAAUCCUGUGGUCGCCACAGUUGAAAAAGAAGCUGGAUGGUUACUUCUAUCAUCCUUACUGUCUUCCAUGCCGAAGGAGGAGAUGGAAGACCAGGUGUUUGAUAUUCUUUCUUUAUGGGCUGACCUCUUUAGUCGAGGCCAAGAGUAUCAAGUAGAUUCAACAGAGGAUCUGUCUUCUAGAAUAAGUGUGUGGGCUGCUGCAGUUGAUGCACUAAACGCAUUUAUAAAAUGCUUUGUUUCCCAUGAUGCUGUGAACAAGGGGAUCUUGCUCCAACCAGUGCUAUUAUACCUUAAUCGGGCAUUAUCAUAUAUUUCCUCCUUAGCAACCAAGGCGGUUGAUGCGAAGCCUUCUAUGGACAUUUUCAUCAGCAGAACAUUGAUGGCUUAUCAGUCUCUUUCUGAUCCAAGGGCAUACAAGAGUGAUCACCCUGAAAUUAUUCAAAUAUGUACAAGUCCCUUCAGAGAUGCUUCCAAGUACGAAGAAAGCUCCUACUUGAGGAUACUUCUUGACAGCAGAGAUGCUUGGUUAGGUCCUUGGAUUCCUGGAAGGGAUUGGUUUGAAGAUGAACUUCGGGCAUUUCAGGGUGGAAAAGAUGGUGUUUUGCCUUGUGUAUGGGAGAACGAGCUCCCCAGUUUCCCUCAGCCAGAGACUAUUAGCAAGAUGUUGGUGAACCAAAUGCUCCUUUGCUUCGGAGUCAUGUUUGCUACUCAGGAUAGCAGUGGGAUGUUAACACUCCUUAGCACACUUGAACAGUGUCUAAAAGUCGGAAAGAAACAGGCUUUGCAUGCAACCCGUGUCACAAAUAUAUGCGUGGGAUUACUUUCUGGAUUAAAGGCCUUACUUACAUUACGGUCACAACCACUAGAAAUGGAGAUAUUAAAUGCAGCACAGGGGAUCUUUCAGAGUAUUCUAGCUGAGGGUGGCAUAUGUGAAUCACAACGCAGGGCAUCAUCAGAAGGGCUUGGGCUACUAGCUCGCCUCGGAAAUGAUAUGUUUACUGCCAGAUUGACUAGAUCACUGCUUAAUGAUGUAACUGGGCAAAUAGAUCCCCACUAUGCCGGAUCAAUUGCUCUCGCUCUCGGUUGCAUUCAUCGCAGCGCAGGAGGAAUGGCAUUAUCAAGUUUAGUACCGUCUACUGUGAACUCUAUCUCUUCAUUAGCUAAGAGUUCAAUAGCUAGCUUACAAGUAUGGUCUUUGCAUGGACUUCUUCUAACCAUAGAAGCUGCUGGCUUGUCAUAUGUAUCACAAGUUCAGGCAACACUCGGCCUUGCAAUGGAUAUCCUUUUGUCCGAGGAGAAUGGAUGGGUGAUGCUUCAACAAGGAGUAGGUCGCCUCAUAAAUGCUAUAGUUGCUGUUCUUGGUCCUGAACUUCACCCCGGAAGUAUAUUCUUUUCCCGUUGCAAGUCUGUCAUUGCGGAGAUAAGCUCUCAGCAAGAAACAGCAACACUUCUUGAGAGUGUUCGCUUUACCCAACAACUUGUACUCUUUGCUCCCCAAGCUGUUACAGUUCAUUCUCAUGUGAAAGUUCUCCUCUCAACUCUUCCGUCAAGACAGCCAACUUUGAGACAUCUUGCUGUGUCCACUCUACGACAUCUCAUUGAGAAGGACCCAGAUUCCAUUAUUGAUGAACAAAUAGAAGAGAACUUGUUCCACAUGCUAGAUGAGGAAACUGAUACGGAGAUUGGGAGUUUGGUGCAAACUACAAUUAUACGGCUGCUCUAUGCAUCAUGCCCAUCAUUUCCAUCUAGGUGGCUAUCGAUAUGCCGUAACUUGGUUCUUGCUACAUCAAGUGGAAAUACCAGAACCAACAAGGAAUCGGAUGAUGAUCCUAUUAGUGGUCCUGAUGGGGACACAUCUUACGGAGAAGAUGACGAGAACAUGGUUUCUAGCUCUCAAGGAUCACCUGGCGUCAAUUCUGCCAGAGACAAGCACCUCAGAUAUCGAACAAGAGUAUUUGCUGCAGAGUGCUUGAGUCAUGUACCAGAUGCUGUUGGACAAAAUACGGCUCACUUUGACCUAUCAUUGGCGAGAAGCCAGCCAGCCAAACAGCUGGUAUCUGGUGACUGGUUGGUCCUCCAGGUUCAAGAGUUGAUAUCUCUUGCUUAUCAGAUAAGCACAAUUCAAUUUGAAAACAUGCGGCCGAUUGGUGUGGGACUCCUAAGUACUAUUCUGGACAAGUUCGGCAAGGUACCAGACCCUGAGCUUCCUGGACAUCUAUUGUUGGAACAGAACCAGGCGCAACUUGUUUCUGCUGUUCGUACAGCACUGGACACAUCCUCUGGACCUAUUCUAUUGGAAGCAGGCCUACAGCUGGCUUCUAAGAUAUUGACAAGCGGUAUGAUCAGUGGUGAUCAAUUGGCAGUUAAACGGAUAUUUGCACUGAUUUCACAACCCCUUGAGGAUUUUAAAGACCUUUAUUAUCCAUCAUUUGCUGAAUGGGUUUCAUGUAAGAUCAAGAUACGACUUCUAACUGCCCAUGCCUCUCUAAAAUGUUACACAUAUGCAUUCUUGAGGAGACAGCACAGCAUCCCAGAGGAGUUUCUAGCACUAUUACCGUUAUUCUCAAAAAAUUCAAAUACCUUGGGCAAGUACUGGCUCUCUCUGCUGAAGGAUUACAGUUAUGUCUGCUUCCGCACACGCCCUCAUAUAAAUUGGAAACCGUUUCUUGAAGGAAUUCAAUCCCCGCUGGUUUCUAAAAAGUUGAAGCAAUGUUUAGAAGAGUCUUGGCCGUUUAUCUUGCAAGCAGUUUCCCUUGAUGCAGUUCCAGUGGAUGGGGAUGGGGAUGUGAAUGAAUCUCCCAGAACAGCAGAAAAUACAUCCAAAAGUGCCUUUUUCUCUGGAUACGAUAUGGUGGAACUGAAACAGCAAGACUAUCAGUUUCUGUGGAGCUUCUCUUUACUUGUUCUCUUCCAGGGACAAUAUGCUACUCCUGAUAAAACCAUUAUCCCACUGGAUUAUGUAACAUCCAACUUUGGCAGUGACUCCGCAGUUGCCGACAGACAGUCAAUAGCCAUGAAAUUCUACGAAAUUAUUUUACCAGUAUUUGGGUUUCUUUCUGCAGAAAAGUUCUUUGCGACAGGAUUUCUUACUAUCGAUCUGUGUCGCGAACUGCUGCAGGUUUUUUCAUACUACAUCUUUAUGGAGGAUAUAUUGGAUAGUCAUGCGAUCUCAGUUCUAUCACAGAUUGUUCACAACUGCCCUAAAGAAUUUCUCGAAACUGAAGAUUUUGCAUAUCAGGCAGCUGAACUUUGUUUGUCCUUCAUUUUCAAGUUCUUACAAAGUGCCGAUGUAACACCAUCCAGUCACUCAAACUGGGAGGAUAAAAUAUCCGAGUCUCUUACUGCAGCAACAAAUCUUUUGAUGCGGCUAGAACCCAAGAAGCAACUACAAUUAGCAUUAGCAUUUCUCAUUAUUGGAUAUAAGUGCAUUGGAGAAGCAUCAAAUGAAGUAUGCUUGUCGAAACCUGUUGACCAUGUUCAAUCUCAGGUCAUCAUGCUGAAAAAGCAUGUUAAUGAAAAAUCUACAGUGGAUGAAGACGCUCUUUGCUAUUUGAGGACAAUAAGUGGAGCUUGCCUGAAUGUGAAUGUCAAUCUAACCAACGACUGUAUCAAAAGCAUCCAUUUGUUGGAGGAUAAGAUGACAAACUCAUCUAAACUGCCACAAAAGAAGCUUGCUUUCUCUCUUGAGCAAAUUAUUACAUUUGCUAAAUUAACUUAUGAAAUCGAACUUAUUAGUGAGAAUGAAGAGAGUAAACCCAUAUUUUAUGGCAUGCUAUGCCAUUGCAGAAAUUCUUUCCAUGAGGUUCUUAAUGAUCGAUACAUACAGGUUCAGUCAAUUGGCUUGCAGACACUAACAGGUGCAAUACGGGACUCCAAUGCUGAAAGCAACACAUUCCUAGUAUUCUUUAUCGGGGAGCUUCUUAAUGAUAUUUUUGGGAUCAUCAAGCUAGCAUUGAAGAAACCCGUUAAACGGGAAGCAGUGACCGUUGCUGGAGAUUGUUUGAAGAUCUUGAUGCUUUUGCAUACAACCUCUAAAGCUGCGGAAUCUCAGAGAAGUCUAAUGAGCCUGCUUCUUGAAGCAAUUGUCAUGGUUUUAUUAGCUUCAGAGAAUGAUUUCUCUCAGGAUGUCAAAGAAUUGAGAACUGCAUCCAUAAGGCUUGUUUCUCAACUUGCUCAAAGUCAAACGUCUGCAGUCUAUUUCAAGGAUGCGUUAUUAUCGAUGCCUUUUACCCGGAGGCAGAAACUUCAGGAUAUAAUCCGUGCUUCCGUAACACAAGGUCAGAUUUCGAUCCCGACUAAAUCCUCGAUGCCACCAUUGGUGAUCAAGAUGCCAUCACAAACAGAAGAAACCCGACCCCAAAUUUCACCUCCAUCAGCCCCCACAAAUGAUGAUGACCGUUCUAACGACGAACAGGAAGAGGAAGAGGAUGAGGAUGAGGAUGAGGAAGACGAUUGGGAUAAUUUCCAGUCUUUUCCGGCGGCCUCCUCAACCAACGAACCUAAAUCUACCGAAGAUUUAAGUUCAGAAGACAAAGAGAACACAAUUUCCAUCAUUAAAAGCAAGAGUGAAAAUGAAGAAGGGGAAGAGGAAACUACAUUCACAGAAGCUGGCAAACUUCAAAUGUAUGAUUUCCAAGAUAAUGUUGGCGAGAAUGAAGGUGAAGAACGCAAGGAAAUUCCCGCAGAGAGUAUUGAAAAUCAUCAGGGUGAUGAUUCCGACCGAUCUACUGGAGAUGAUAAACUGGAACAUGGAGAUCAAGAGGAAACUGAUGGAGGUAUGUUAAGCCAAAGAAGUAAAGAGCAAACCGAUACAGAUCUGGAGAGCCUGAAAUUGUCAUCUGCUUCUCAAUCUGGUAAUGAAGAAAAAUGCUUGACUCAUAGUAAUGCAUCCGAGAAAGAUGGACGUGAACAAGACGAGAAUCUCUCUGGUGAUCCCCGCCUUGACAAGGCUGAAGAUAGAACCUCGAUAUAACAUGACGAAAGAAAGACGAUGCCGGAAACUGCCGUCAAGUAACCCUGCCACCAGACACCGCCAACCGCCAGUUAAACCGGAAAUCCAGUGCGAACGUGGAUCUGGUGUUACAUUGCUUCUUGUGGGCCAACCUUGUUCUAUUUUUAUGUAUUGAAAGACAAUUUAGGGCAUGAGUUGGACCCAUACCGAGUCACUGAGUUGGACUCGUUUAAAAGUAAAAUGAGUUGAGAGAUAUUAGACCAGAAGUGAACAGGAGAUCUUGUUGCAAUAGGUGUAUUUAUUCACAUAUGAUUAGAAGUAUCAUUUGAGGUUAGCUUUUAUAAGUGUGGAUUUUGAUGUUUUUCUUGACUUGCAGCUUUUGCUUUUAUGGGUAUUGGAAAUGUUGUGUC